GCGUGUCUCUCUCCGCCAUCACCGUACGGCGACCCGGCUCGCCGUCAUCGAGGAAACCUUCCCAGUGCUUGUCUCCCGCAGGUUGGUGGUUGCUUUCACCCCAAUGCUCGCUCGUGGCAUCCGACUCGCGAGAAUGACACGCUCUAGCCGUGCAGCGGCGCGGACAGCGGCCAUCCAGCGGCAUAUGUCUUCGGACGCACUGUCGGACGAGGCGUCGGUGCAGUUCAAGGAGGGCGGUUGUUUGCGGACGUAUGUGCUUAACCGGCCAAAGAAGUUGAACGUCCUCAACCGGGAGAUGCUGGACAAGCUUCGACCGAAGAUCGAGGAAUGGAGCCAGCAAGACCUUGUGGGUGUUGUAGCGGGAAUAGGAGCCGGUCGGGCGUUUUGUGCAGGAGGGGAUGUCGCAAGUGUCGUUGAGGACUGUUCAAAACCGGAGACCCUACCCCAUGCUAUUGAGUUCUUCCAGCGAGAAUUUGAGAUGGACUACAUUCUCGCGGCCAUGCCCAAGCCAUACAUUGCGGUAAUGGACGGCAUUACUAUGGGCGGUGGUGUCGGCCUCUCCGUCAAUGCAUCGUUCCGGAUUGCCACCGAGAACACAAGCUUUGCCAUGCCGGAGACGAAGAUCGGCUAUUGCCCGGACGUUGGUGCAAGCUUCUUCCUCUCGCGGGUCGACGGCGAGAUUGGGACAUAUCUCGGUCUGACGUCAGAUACUCUCUCUGGGCGGGCUGUUUUCGAACAUGGCUUUGCCACUCACUUCGUCCCUUCACGGCGGAUACCGGGCCUCAUGGAUCGCAUCUCAUCUCUCCAGAAUCCCACUUACCAGCAGAUUGACGCCCUCAUCGAGGAGCAUAGCGAGGACGUCAUCCCAAGCCAGAUAACAAGCUCGCUUGUGGGCAACAUUCGCAUUGCGCUUGACUCGGCAUUCAAGCACAAGUCGGUCGAGAAGAUCAUUGCGGAUCUCACAAAGUUUUCCAAAGAGAGCGAGCACGAGGACGUACGCCAAUGGGCGGCGAAAACUUUGGAAAGUCUUCAUCUACGAAGCCCCACGAGCCUGAAGGUUGCAUUGGCCGCUAUCCGUAGUGGGAAAUACAUGACUAUCUUGGAAGCUCUCCAGAUGGAGUUGAACAUCGCGACAGCGUUCUGCCGCGGCGAGGUCAGCAAAGACUUCUCUGAAGGCGUAACCAAGGUAGUUGUCGAGAAGCUCCGGGAUGUACGGCCAAACUGGCAGCCAAGCACGAUCAACGAGGUGUCCGACGAGUUCAUCCAAAAGUCGUUCUUCCCCAAGCUCAACGCAGAUGACAAGACAUCCCCGCGCCUCAACGUCCCUCAGUGGCUCGCGGACGCAGAGCACAAAGUCCAGAACCCGAUGAUCUACGGUCUUCCGACGGAGCAGGAGAUCGGGAAGCUCGUCCUCGGCUCGCACAAGAGCAGCGGAAGCACCGUGCUCACGCUCGACGAGCUUAUCGCGAAGCUCGAGGAGCAGAAGAAAGGCAAGUCGGGGGUGCGUGCGAAGGUCACCGAGGUGGUGCAGCGGAAGUGCACGACUCAGGAGGACAAGCAGUCGGGAAAGAAGUGGCUGAAGUGGAUACACUGAGCGCCGUUUGCUGGGUUCUGCGGGUCGCCACACGCCGUCCAUGUCUACUCACCUACAGCCCGUGUAUGAUGUUGAUAUGCACCACUUGCGUUGUUGACAUGA